AUGUCACUUCAAAACACUACCAAUGGUCAAGAUCAAAGAGCAUUUUCUCAGCAAGUUUUUCAAAAGGUAAAACCGUUUUGCGUUCAGCUUACUCAAGAAGCACUCAUGUCUACUAUCAAUGAAUCAAAAGUAGUCUCCCUUUUAACGGCAAUUGAAGAUGAGUUGAAAUCUGCUUGUCCAGACGGUCGAACACGAGCGGAACUAAUACUUUUACCGAACAUUGCUGACUACAUCUUUUUCCCUAUAUCAAACUUAUUAAAAAAACUGGACUUGAGUGAUGCAAUUGUACAGCAUAUCUUGUCUAUAAUUGGUUACUUGGUGGAACAUUGUUGGAAGUUCAAUGUCAAUCACUCCCUUUUCGACCAGUUGUUUCCGUUGGUUCUUUUUCUAAUUGGAGGGGACUCGAAUAUCAGUUCAAGCUCUAUCAAUGCCAAGUCAUUAAGAUUUAAGGCUUCGUCGGUUUAUACGCUUAAUGAGGUGGUGCAUUCGCUUAACAAUUCCUAUUUUCUGGAAGCCGAAAGAAGACUUCACUUUUUAAGCAAAAGCAUUAUUUUGGCACUCGAAAUACUCAAUUCUACACGAGCAAGUGAUCAAGAGGCUGUUGGUGUCCUCGUUGAUUGUUGCCAGUUAAUACAAAAUUCGGUUCUGAAGCUAGAUUCGGAAAAAAAGUCAACCAUUCUUCCUGGUAUAGUUUCGGGAUUGACCAAUUUCGUCUCCUUAAACUCAAACAUCAAUUAUCGAUUGUUUAUCCAAAUAUUGCGAUUAUUGUCCAGUAUCAUAUGUAGCUCUUUCAAUGACAGAGAUCUACAUGCAAACUUGAAUUUGGACGGUGUGGCAAACCUUUCGGAGAUUCCCACGGUAUGGGAUGAGGAUGAGAAGACACUUGAUGGUUCCGAAAGGAGCGAUAUUUCAAUUCAAGAACAUGGGCAUAGGACUAUGCUGUGGCUUAUAGCAACCUCGAAACAAUUGAAGAUUACCUUGGUCAUUCUUUUCAAGUCACUUCUACUAAGUUCAAGAAACAAGGAUCGUUUACGAACAAGAGCUGAGCUUAGUGAAGAAGUUUUAAAUUUCAUUACAUCAGUCAUGGGCAGCUGCUUUAUAUCCUUAUAUAACGAGUUUAUCCCUCUAGUUUUAGAUAUUUGUGCAAUACUGGUUUUUGCAUCGUCUUGGGAAAAAGAGGACUCAAAUACAAAAAUUGUGCAAAUUUGCUCUAGGAUUAUGGAGGUUAUUGAAACUGAUGAUGACAAAUGUAAUGCCUACUACGAAGUAGUGAGAGGGAAGCUAUCGAGUUUGAUUGAUAACAAAUUAUCAGUGGUUUUUUUUUCAACAGAUGAAGACAAAGUGACACUAAACUUGGAUGCCAUCAAGCUUCAUUUUGCAAUGCUUGGCCGAUUAUCAUGGAAGCAAGAAAGUGAUUCUACUGAGUUGAAACUGCUAAAGAAACGGUGUUUGCUGUUGUUGCUGGAGAUGACAGUGGAUUAUGUAAAAUUGGAAAAUUCAAAGCGUCCAAACUCCUCGUCCCUGGCUCCUUCGUUAUUGGUUGAUGUCAAUACGCUGAACCAACUAGACAAUAUAGAGCUUCCUGGUCAUAUCAAUGCCAAAAAUAUCAAAACAGUACUGAAAUCAAAGCCUGCCAGUAGGCUUCUGUAUGUGCACCAACUUCAGCUCUUAUCUUCGGAAUGGAAUCAUAACUCAUUUACUUCCGAAGGUGGCUUGACCAUUGGUCUAGGCUCAAAGGUAUUGGAGUCCAAUUUAGUGUCGUUUGUCUCAUUCUUAUCCAAGUUGAAGUACGGAGGUGGAAAUGGUCUUGAGUUGCUGGAUUUAGAAGGUUUAUUGGAAGACUCGAUGAACUCAAGUGCUUUGGAAAAGGGGGUUGCUUUGUGGCUUGCAUCGAAUUUUGCUAGAGAAAGCUUGCAAAAGCUGUACGAUUUUGAUCUCUCUGAGUUUGUGAAUGUUGAAAGCUCGGACGUGAUUAUAAAUGACACUUCAGGUGAAACUGAAGCACCGUAUCUCUUGCUAUUGAAAGCGGAAGAGAUAUUGGAUGUUUUUGCUGAUAAAAGUGGGGAUCUCGCGAACUUUGAUGAUGAGCUAGCGUAUGCUUCAGCUAUUGAAGCGGUUAGAUGUGUUGUUGGUUCAAUAUCUCCCUCCUCAUUUAGAUCUGAUGUGCUCAUGGACUAUUUGCUAUGCUUGUUUCAGUUCUUGACGAUGACAAACAAACCACAAAUUCAAUCUCAGGCCCAACAUACCCUCAAAGCUAUUGUGGAUUGUUAUUAUGACGGCUCGUUGACAAAAUUGAUCUUGGACAAUCUGGAUUAUUUGGUUGACGCCAUAAGUAUGCAAAUGACUGUGGCUAGUAAUUUGACUCCACUGCUUCCUGGAAUAUUGAUAAUCUUAAUCAAGAUUGCGGGAAUGCAAUUAUUGGAAAGCAACCAGCUAUUUGAUAUAUUUUCUGAUAUCUUUGUGAUAUUAGACUCAUAUCACGGGUAUAAUCAGUUGGUGGAAGGAUUUUUCGUAGUGUUUGAAGUGCUCGUGGAACAAGUCAAACAAGCAUUUAUAAAAAAUGACAGGGCAAUUGAGAACCAUAAAAUCAACGAGUCCCCAUUCAAGCCGUGGGGGAUGAUGUGCAAAGAACAAUUGAUGCAUUUUUUGCAAGAUAAAAGUCACAUUGAUCCACUUGCUGAAUUCGAUGCUGGAAAGGAAUACUUCAAGAGAACAGACGAUAAGCCAUUUGGUGAAAUGGAUGAAUUAGGUGGUGAUUCCGACGACGAAGAAGAGGGCGAGCAAAAAGAUGAAGAAAACAUAGAGGCGAACGAAGAACCUUGGAUUUCGCCGAUACCGAAAGUAAUCUAUGACGUUUUGAAACGUAUAUUCAAUUACGGCUUUACAUUGAUUUCUCAACCGUCUUAUACUUUGAAAGCACAAAUCAUUAAAACACUUCGGCUUAUCUUUCCAUUACUUUGUACUGAUUACAAGUUGGUCUUGCCAACGAUGGCAAGUAACUGGUCCGUCUUAGUUACAUUAAUUACGGCGUCCAAUUCAUUGUCAACUGUAGUUGACUUGCGAACUACACUUUCUCGGGAACAGAUCAACAUCACUAUUGAGUCGCUAAAAUUUGUUACCGAGAUUUUGAAUCAGGACAAAAACCAGAAGGAGUACUUUUUUAGCAGCAAAUUUCAAGAAACGUGGAGCUUUAUUUCGAAACAUUCGGAAUUAAUAAAGAAGUCGCUGAAGGUGAAGCAAAAAACCGGCAUUGUUGUUGCAGAGAAAGCACUAGUCACGCUUGAAUCAUUCCCUUUGUUAAAAGAGUCUUUAGUGGAGUUUCUAAUCGUGGGUGCUCAAAAUUACGAAAAGACAAUACCUGACUUGACUAGGUUUGAAAUACUUAAAUUAUGUUACGGACUUCAAAUACCACAGAAUUUGAAUUUUUCACGAGAUACGCAAUGUAUAUUGGAAGUGUUGAAAACAAAAUCUAUACCAUGUACAUAG